CGAUUUCCUAGAUGGAUCAAUAACAUUAGUAACAUUAUUCAACCAUAGAAUGUGUUGUUUCUGAGAGAUUAACAAGCAGAGGUAGAUCAUAAACCAAAGACACUAUCUAAGUCUUAUCUCCAAAAUAAAAUAUUGUCUAUGUAAAGAGAUAACCAUAACAAAUUAUUACAACAACUUAAGCACCGAUUAGAACUGAAACUAUUGUCAAACCUAUUAUCUAAUAAGUCUAAAAAGUACAAGUAGUUGACAAUAGAGAAGAAGUUGAAUAUUAUAAGAGUAAAUGUCUAAUCUAUGAAAAACAAAUCAGUGAACUCAACAUUGAAGUUACUAGAUUAAGAUCUAAUCCUACAAUCUAGGAAAAAAUCACUUAUGUUGAAGAUUCUCAUAAAGUAGCUGAAUUGGAAAGAUAAUUACUAAUCUAUUAAACUGAAGUCAAUAAAAAAACUUCAUUAUUGAAAGAAAUUACUAUUGAAAUAGAGACACUUAAAAUUAAAAAUACUUAAAUUACAUCUCAAUUAGUCUAUUUUUAAUAAUAAAAUAGUGAUUUUGAUAAACUAAAAAAAACUUAAAUUGAUAGUGAACAAUUUUAUUAAAAUGAAAUCUAAAGAUUAAACAUUCUAGUUCAAUAGAGUUAAGCUUAAUUACAAUAAUUAUAAGCAACAUUACUUGAUUCAAAGAAGUAUGAAUAACUAUAUAUUUAACUUUAAUAAACUUAAACCACUUUAACUAAUGAGUUAGAAAGAUGUACUUAAGUUUUAAAGAUAAAACAAGAAGAAUUUGAAAAUACAAAAAUAUAGUUUAUUAAAGACUUAGAAAUAUAGUCAUUAAGACUCAAAGAAUUUGAUAGAGAUAAUAAAGAAUUAAAGUAAAAGGAAUAUUCAAUCUAAUAAUAAUUUGAAAGAUUGAAUAAAGAAUAUUAAGAUCUAAGUGAUAGAUAUAAUAUUGAUAUCAGAUCUAAAAAUGAUGAAAUUACAAGAUUAACUACAGUGACAUAAACAUUGCAAUUGACAUUCCAAGAUACUUCUAAAUUCUCAGAAUAUGAACACAGAUCAAAAUUAUAGAGUGAAGAAAUUUAAUUACUCAAUUAAAAAAUUAGAAUCAAAUAAGAUGAAAUAGAUAAAUGUAAAUUACAGUUACAUUAAUAUAAUCUCUAAUUAUAAGAAUACACUAAAUAUAUUGAGUUUGAAUCUAGAUAUAGAAGCAUUUAAUAAGAAUAUGAAAGAAUUAAUAAUACUUUGAGAUUAAAAAUAGAAGAAAAUGAUAAUUUAAGAUCUUGCAUCUCCAAAUUAUAAUUAACUAUUAGUGAUAAAUACAAAUCUAAUGAUUAUGAAAAUAAAAUUGCUUUAUUGAGUUAAGAAAUAGAAAGAUUACAUUAAAGUCUAAAAAGUAGACAAGAUGAAAAUGACAGGUUAAGAUAAGAUUUUCACUCUUUAUAAUAAUCACAAUCUGAUUAAUAAUAAUUAACAGUUCUCAAUAGUGAAAUUGAUAGACUUAAUACUCAACUUAAAAACAAAUCUGAAGAAUUAGAAAAAUAUAGAUGCAAUCUUAAUUAGUUUUAGUAUAAUGAAUCUUAAAGAUUGAAAGACUUAGAAUAAAAAAAUGUUGUAUAUUCAAAUGAAAUUGAUAGAUUAAGUAAUUUAGUUAGAGUCAAAAUUAAUGAAUCAGAAUAAUAUAAAUAAGAAUUGGUUAAAUUAAGAGAUUAAUCUUCCAAAUUUAAUUAGAUGUACAAUGAUAAUGAAAAAUUAACAUCAUUAAUAAGAACCUUGUAGGAUGAAUUAGAUCAAUUAAAAAGAAAAUAAAAACUAGAUGAAUCUCAUUAAUAUAAUGAAAAAAUUUAAGUCUUAAUUUAAGAAUUAGAUUCUUGGAAAACUUAAUUUAUUACUUAAAAUAGAGAAUUCCAUAAAAAUUAAGAAUUACUAAUAUUAGCAUAAGCUGAAUUAGAUUCUUUGAAAAAUAAAAGAACCUCCACUUUAAAAGUAAAUAAUUUAUUAAUAAAUUUUAGACUGAACAAUAUACUGAUUCGAACAAUGAAAAUAAAAUUGAAUUUAAAAAGAAUCAUACUCCACAACCUAGUUAUAUUUUAGGAAUAUUAAAUACAAAAAAUGCUUGA